AAUCAGGUGUGGGUAGCUGAUCUAUUGAUCAGUCUCUCUGGUGUGCCACCUUAGAUCAUCGCCAUCCUGACACCUUAUAAUGCACAGAUGUCCACAAUCAAAAAGAUUUUGAAAAAGAAGACUAGUGAGAAGAAAGGCUUUGAGCAUGUCAGUGUUUGCACAAUUAUGAAAAGCCAAGGGAGUAAGUGGCCUUAUGUGAUAGUUUCUAAAGUGCGAGCCUGUCCUCUUUCUUAGAUACAAAACAGGUAUCUGGCUGUAGCCAGCAGAGGCUGGCUAGGGAAGAAACUGGGGUAUGUCACUGACCCCAACCAGGUGAACGUCGCAAUCAUGCAUGCUCAGAAUGGACUCUGCAUUCUGGGUAAUUCUCACUUGCUGGAGUGCAGUGAACUCUGGAAAAAACUGCUAUCUCACUAUCAAGCACAGAAUUGUGUGCUGAUUUCAGCCCAAAACAUUAAAGUCUGGCAUAACUGCUAAUUGUGUAACAUCUUCAACCCAUUACAUUUACCUGACACUUCUAUCCAAAGCAACUUACAAUUACUACUGAGUACAACUUGAGCAAUCAAGGG